GAAGAGGACAGACGGAGCUGAAGAUAAACGUGCACAAGAGAAACGUGAGAGUCGGGUUGCGGGACCGUUUGGAAUCUUAUGUUGGGUCGUCGAGACGUUUCUUCAGGAAAUAAUCUGCGUGAUGGACCGUCCUGAGAAAGAGGUUGUGUGUGCCGAUGUUCUCCCAGUGGUCAUAAUCGGUAACGGCCCAUCUGGGAUCUGUCUGUCCUACCUCUUGUCCGGUUACACCCCCUACCUGUCAGCUGGGGCAUCGCACCCGAACCCAGUGCUACAGAGCAAAUUGAGGGAGUGCACUCAGCUGUCGCUGCUGGAGCAGGACCUGGAGUACCUGUGUGAGGGCUUGGAAGGACGAUCAUCCAAUCCUGUGGCUGUUCUCUUUGAUUCGCUGCUGCUGCCCGACAGUGACUUUGGAUUGGACUGCACCUCGCCACUGGAAUGGCGAUACGAGCCAGCGCGUGCCAUCCCGCACCUGGUACUGGGGAAGGGUCCACCUGGGGGAGCCUGGCACAUGAUGGAGGGCUCCAUGCUAACGCUCAGCCUGGCUAACUGGAUGGAGCUUCCUGGCCUCAAACUGAAGGACUGGAUGCGAGACAAAUGCAGAAAUGUGCGUAACAACCGUGCGACACCCACAGAGAUCGCGUCUUACUACCAACACUAUGUUUCCCAGAUGUCCUUGGAGCAGAGCUUUACCUGUGGAACCACCGUCACCUCGGUAACCAGGAAGCCCAGCCACCAGGAAGGGUCGCCGCCCUGCUGGAGAGUGACGGGACUGCAGCGAAGAGAGGUGGAGGAGCUAGCAGAUGGCUCCUGCAUUUCAGAGGAGGUGCCUUUUUCACUGUUGGCGCACCACGUAGUUUUGGCGACUGGCACCCACGACAUCCCGGCCAGGCUUGGCGUGGAGGGUGAGUCGCUCCCCUUCGUCUGCCACUCUUUUUGGGAGCUGGAGGGGGCCAUCUCACGAGGGGAGCUCAACCAGUCAUCAGACCCCGUGCUGAUUGUGGGCGCAGGACUUACGGCAGCCGACGCGGUACUUGCGGCGCACCACCUGAACACGCCGGUGUACCACGUCUUCCGGCGCUCUGUCUCAGACCCCGGCCUCAUCUUCAACCAGCUGCCCAAACUUCUUUACCCAGAAUACCACAAGGUUCAUCAGAUGAUGACUCUGCAGCAACACAGACCCAACGUGCCGUCUCAGCACCCGUCCUCCUCUUAUCCAGGUUACCUCAGCUUCCCUCGUCACAGGGUCGUGGCAUUCCGGCCUGAGGGUAAGUGCGUGUUGGAGUCCGAAUCUGGCCAGCAGACGGUCCUCCAGGUCUCCAUGGCCCUGGUCCUCAUUGGCGCCCACCCGAAUCUUUCAUUCCUGCCUGACGACGGGCGUCUCUUGGGUAUCAACCCCGACGAACCAAUCACAUGCCGGCGGAACCCAAUCGAUGUGGAUCCGUUCACUCACAAGGUGGUUGCAGCAGAAUGCCCGGACAUGUACGCCAUGGGGCCGCUGGUAGGUGAGAACUUUGUCCGGUUUCUGAAGGGCGGUGCGCUGGCUAUUGUUAGUGACCUAGCUAAGCGACAGAGGGAAGGAGGGGCACUGUAGGAUCUGUGAUGUGGUCUCGCAGACUUCCUCCUGGAAUUGGACCGUCCGUUGGUCUUGACCACAAAUGGAUCGAGGUAAAUGGCUUUGGACCCUGGAACGGUCCAGAAGAUCCGAAACAAGGAGAUGCUUCCCAGAAAUCUGAGUCUGCAAACGAAAUGUUUCAGGGCACAAAACGGGCAACAAGCAAUUUAUGGUCACGAUCACAGCCUGGACGCCUGCAGCCACGGGGCGAGCAGGAAGAGGGCAACACCCGCGAACCGAUGCUUUGACAUGAUCCGCCGUAACUGAGACCAAACGACAAUAAGAACCCUGCUCUACCGCUUGGUCACCCAAACCUUUAUCCCAGCGAGUACCUGCACUGAAGCGAUGUAUUCUGGGUAACCAAAAAUUAAACACGAGCAUGUUUUAAAAGCAAAAGCACUGAUCUGUGGUCAUUUACCAGCUGUUAAGUGUUUUUGAAGAGUCUAAAACCCCCAAAAAUCUAAAUGUCAUCAUGUUGACAUCUCAUAAAUGGAGUUAAAGUGAAAAUGUCUCUUUAAAGAGAAAAAUUUUGCAUAACAAUGACAUUAAAUGUGUUGGUAGGAAAAGUUUAUAUAUUUAAAGACUUUUGAUUAAAAUGUCGUUAAUUUGAACAUAAAUGUUUGUUCAUCAUGACAUAAAUCUGACAGAUUUUGGGUAAAUUCUUCUUUUCUCGUGUCCGUGUGGGUCCAAUGGACUCGGUUCUCUGUAUCCAGUCCUGAAGCUCGUUUGCCUUCUAGUCUUCUGUCUGUCAAAUGUCCUUUUAACCGGGUGCACAGGAAUGACUCGUCAUUGGUCCAAAUCAUGUAUUGGGAACCAAUAUUUGGAACUCAGUCACAUUACAACUUUCCAACUUAACGUCCCAAAUGGAUGCAGAGAAGAAAAACAAAAAAACAGAGGCAUCAAACGGGGACAAGAAUGAGACCUCCUGGAAGGGGGGUCUGGAGCCCCUGUAGGAGCUCCUGGGUUUUAGGCAAAAUGACACCCUGCAAAGCAGACGCUAGGGGGAAAAAAAAGUCCGGAAUACUUCCUCCAGAUCUUCCUGAACAUUCCUGAUCAAAACAAGAAAAAGGAAAAAAAAAAAGUGACGCUCUGUUUCCCAGAGCCAAAACUCUGUGUCCAGGCUCAAAUUUAAAUAUAUUUAUAUAUUUUUUAAUAAAUUAUUUGUCAAAACCAGCUACAAAUGCAGUCAUUUAAAGUAACUGUUUAUUUUUAAUACUGAUGAAUAUUUCAGUUUCUGCUGUAAGUUUGUUGUCGUCCAUUCGGCUGCUCCCAUUUUAAGAUUAUGAAAAUAUUUUUAAAGUAAUAAAAUUAUUUUGCUCUCGGCACUGGAAUUGUUCAUUUCAUAACGUGAGAUUUGUCCUUCACUCUGAAUAUUUCUGUAUUUCUCAAAGUGUUAAUACUUUAUUAUAUCAAAUAAUUUUAUUGUUUUCUCAUGUUUUGUUUUUGUUUUUUUCUGCCGCUUAUCUGGGUCACGGUGGCAGUAGACAGUGGCGCCUCCCACACUUCCCUGUCCUGUAAGUCUCUGGGGGAUCCUGAGAUGUCCCCAAGCCAGCGAUUAUGUUAUCAACUUAAAUUCCUAAAUACACUUAAAUCUGGAUUGUGUCCUGUUUGUGAUUUGUUUAUUUUUAAGUUCAUUAUAACGCUUGUUUUGUGGCUGGUCAGCGCUCAGAUGUUUUUUUUUUUUUUUUCUUCCCCAUGCAGUGAAUGCUCAGUUAAACUGGAGACGAUGAUGCGUGCAGGCGCCUGUUAUUCAUGUGUCCGUUCACAGUUGUACAAUAAUGUCAAAGCAACCAGAGAGAAUGUUAAAUGUUCAUUAUUGCCAAAAGAUGACCGAUGAUCUGUUCUCCCGGGAUCCUGAGACCACCGGGUGGUACCUGUGUCACGAUGUGACAGUUUUAAAUUUAAACAUUUCUGAGUUGUGUUUUUUUUGUUUGUUUUUUUGAGGAACACUAAUGCAUGUUUUUGUGCACUAAUGAACCAGAUGUGCUUUGAGACAAUUUAUUGACAAUAGUUCAUAUGUAAUAAAAUGCAGUUUUCUUAAUUUGCCAUCAUCUGUAUCCACAAAUUAGUUUCUCUUAUCUUAUUUUCCAUUAAAAGACUGUUUGAUCAAAUGUUUUGUGCUUAUUAUAUUAAACUGUGGGUUUGUGCUGAAA